UCGCACUAAUAAUUUUUGCCUGAACAAGAACUCCAUCCACUUAUUACAUAUCUGUUUUAUGCGUCACAUUGAUUUCGAUUUCCUCCACCGCAUUGCAGGUUCAGAUCGAUUGACGAAAAGUGACUAUGGCGACUCUGAAGGUGCCUGCUCAAGUUCCUUCUCCGUCCGAGGAUGCCGAGCAAUUGCGGAAAGCUUUUGAAGGUUGGGGAACAAAUGAAGCCUUGAUAAUCUCGAUCCUGGCUCAUAGAAAUGCAUCUCAGCGUAAGUUGAUUUCUGAAACAUAUGCUGCUACUUAUGGAGAAGAUAUUCUUAAAUCCUUAGACAAGGAGCUUUCAAGUGACUUUGAGCGUGUUGUGUUGUUGUGGGCUUUGGGUCCCGCUGAGCGUGAUGCAUUUUUAGCCAACGAAGCUACUAAGAAGAUGACUUCAAACAAUUGGGUUCUUAUGGAAAUUGCCAGCACCAGAUCUUCACUUGAUCUGUUUAAGGUAAAGCAAGCUUAUCAAGCCCGUUUUAAGGGAUCCCUUGAAGAGGACGUUGCCUACCAUACAUCUGGGGACUUCCGCAAGCUGUUGGUUCCUCUUGUGAGUACAUUCCGUUAUGAGGGAGAAGAGGUGGACAUGACAUUGGCAAAAUCAGAGGCAAAAUUGCUUCAUGAGAAGAUUUCGGAGAAGGCUUACAAUCAUGAGGAACUGAUCAGGAUUAUAACAACAAGAAGCAAAGUACAGUUAAACGCAACACUCAAUCAGUACAACAAUGAUUUUGGGAAUGCUAUAAACAAGGAUCUGAAAGCCAAUCCGGAAGACGAAUAUCUGAAACUCUUGAGAUCUACAAUUAAGUGUCUAACCUUCCCUAAGAAGUAUUUUGAGAAAGUUCUGAGGAUGGCUAUAAACAAGGUGGGAACUGAUGAAUGGUCGCUUACUAGAGUGGUGACCACUAGAGCUGAGGUUGACAUGGAGCGAAUUAAGGAGGAAUACCAAAGAAGAAAUAGCAUUCCUCUGGACCAAGCAAUAUCCAAGGACACUUAUGGAGACUACGAGAAAAUGCUUCUUGCGUUGAUUGGUCAUGGUGAUGAUUGACAAUACUUCAUCUGUUCAGUAGUCAUAGAACGGCUGAUCAGGUUAUCUGCCUUCGUUCUCGUCCUGUAUUACUGAGUUUUGAUGUGGAUGUCUGAGCUUCGGUAUGAUUUGGUCAUUCCUGUUUAUUAAGUGCUGUGCUCCUGACAUUUGCGUGUUGGCCUCUUGUCUGUUCUUGAUAUGCCAUGGUUGGUUUUGGAGGUUUGGGUAUGAAUAAGCAAACCUUGAAGAAAUUUUCCAAUAUUUUAUACGCAUGGCUUUAUAUUA